AAUUAUUAUUGCAGACAGCUGGGACAUGUUUUGUGCCAAAAAGACAAUAAAAACUAAAGAAAAGAGUCAAAGAAGGCCAUCGGUUCAAAUGUUUCAUGCUGUAUUGAAUUGAAUAUGAUUUCCAUUCCUCAACAGUGUUUAACUGCAUUUUUACACAUGUUGAUUCAAAAAGUGUUUUUAGACUUGAAGGGCUCUGUUAGAAACCAUUGAUCAGCUCAUCACUCUGUCUUUAGAGCUCACAGUAAAUCGUCUUUCAUUAGCACUCGUGUGUGUGAUUAAUACCCCCCCAUCCACUUGAUUUAGGAUUCAUCACCGUUUUCUGUCAGAAAUCGUGUGUAGAGAAUGUCAGUCAGUUCCUCCCUUCAACAGAGUAUCAAGCCAAACGGAGUUGAUCCAUACGACAGCGGUGAUGACUGGGAGAUCGGUGUCGGGAAUCUGAUCAUUGACUUGGACGCCGAUUUGGAGAAAGACAGACGGAGAUUGGAGAUGAAUCGCGUUUUGAGCGUUAAAAGCGCGGCGGAAGGUCGCGAGGAGCUCAAGUACAAUUGCGCGAACGCAGGCGCAGCGUUCGAAGGCCUGACGGGAGCGUCCGCGCAGCCCGCCGGUGAACACGGAUAUCUCUGCAAAGAACCCAAGAAAUUCAAGCUGAAAAGACGGAGUUCCUCCAUCGGCACGGACAAAUUCCCGUCGCCGGAGAUCGUGAGCGGACUUCCUAAAGUAUGCGUCGCUAAACGGCGGGAGGCUCAAGGACGCGCCGCAGAGACUUCCGACAUGAAUUCAGCACCACCGCAGGCGGACAGCAACCCCGACGCCAGCGACGCGAGCGCCACCGCGACCUCGACCGCGCCGCACGCCAAAGCCAAAGACGGCAAGAAAGGGAAGAAUCAGGGCAAAGGACUGAAACGAGAGAAAGACUCCACGAGGACGCGCAAAGACAAGGCCGGUGAUGAAAUUGGCCCGCUGUCAGAGAACGGAUGCGCGUUCGGAGGGACGGAGAAUCUCAGGGGCGGAAUGGACGCGGCUAUUGUUGAACACACUGACGACACGAGCACAGAAGAACACAGUCUGAGGACGUUCAGCGUUAAGACACGGUCAGUUGGAACUAACACGCAUGAAGCUGAGAAAGCCGUGGAGUCCAGCCACAUGGAGCCAUGUCGACCAGGAACAAGUGUCAAUCUAGAGGGUUUUGUGUGGCACGAAACAGAAGAAGGGGUUCUAGUUGUGAAUGUCACAUGGAGGAAAAGAACUUAUGUAGGGACUCUGCUGGACUGCACCAAGCAUGACUGGGCUCCACCACGGUUUUGUGAGUCACCAAUGAGCGACUCUGACAUGCCUUGCGCACGGGGACGUGGUAAACGUAUGAGGCUGACCAUACCAGAACAAUCAGCCGGUGACCCGAGUCUUUCCAAGAUACGAGGACUAACGCACAAGAGACGCGGCGUGGGUAUCAGCAACAAAGGAAGACGCGGGAGCCUGAACCUCAACGUCUGCAGGACACCUGGAUACUAUGCUGUGGACGACAUCAAAUCCAAUCCACUCAGUUGUGGGAAAAGAAAAGGCAAAGCCCCGGCUGAUCUGGACCUGAGCUUGGUCUCAGAGGACAUUAGGAAUGGAAACGGGAAAAGGAUACGCGCCAAGUCCAGGAGUGCUCCCUCCACCCCUCAGGGUAAAUCCGACCCGAUGUUUCUCGACCAAGUCUGUGCGUCCCCAAUUCUCAUAGACUGUCCUCAUCCGAACUGCAACAAGAAGUAUAAACACAUCAACGGACUGCGGUACCACCAGUCACAUGCUCACUUGAACAACGACAGCAAGCAAGAGUUUGAGGUGGAGAGUGAGGACAGACUCUCAGAUUUUGAUGAUUCGCUCAGCACUGUAACUUUUGAUUCAUCUGAGAUGUCCAGGAAGCCCAGAUCCAUGUAUAAACUCAAUUCGGUUAGUUCUCCAAAGAGCAGGAAAGCAUUGCUGAACAGUGACAACAGUGCCGUGGCCAACGCUAAACAACGCAGGACCGUGACAAGUCAGGACGGAUCUAUAGAUGAUCUGAGCAACCUCCCACUCAUUUCCAACAUGUCUGUCGUGCUGGAGAACUGUCUCAUCACGGAUCGGAACACAUCUGUGGAGAUGCCUAAGCUUGAAGCAGAGGGUGUUAUUGAUAAGAGAGACAUCUGUAGCAAAUUUAAAAAAGAAAGUGGCUUCGCUGAAAGAUGCUCCGCUAAAUCUCGAACCAACAGACUCAUUACUAGCACCGUCGCUCCACCAAAACUGACCGCUAUUCCACCCGCUGCGUUCUCUGCUAAAGUCACGGAGGUUUCUUCCCAUCAGGCCUCUCCAACUGUCACUCUCACAAAGGCCAAGAACCUCUCGCUGAAACCCAUAAAGCCAAAACUGGAUGCUGUUGCACAAGUUAAUGUAGCCAAUGCCACAACAGUCCUGAGCAAAGACAGUAAGCGAAAAGAAAAGCAUAAACUAAAAGACAGGAACUGCAAGGAUCCACGGAGUCCUAAGAGCGACCCGAUGUACGCAAAAAUGGAUGAUGUGAAAAGUAUAGGCAAAGACUUCCCGGUAAGCCUCUUGAAAGAGCAUUUGAGCAAGCAGGACGUCGUAAACGGUCCAAGCGAAACGCAAGAAAGCCGCAUGGCGAGCAUCCGAGCAGAGGCUGACAAAGUUUACACUUUCUCUGACAACGCACCGAGUCCUUCCAUCGGGAGCUCAGCGAGAAUAGACUGUGGACCUCUUACAAACGGAGAUGGAGCCACAGCAAAAACAACCAGCCCGGCGUACUCUGACAUAUCAGACGCAGCUGAAGACGGUGGAUCCAACUCGAGAUCUCGAAGAAACUCCACACAAGACUCAAACCCCAACGGCAACAUCAAUCCCAAAAUUCCCUCAAUGAGUUCAGCUGUCACAGGAGCGGCAGGUAAAGAGUCUCAUGCUCAUGGAUAUGAAUCACACUGCAUCCCAGGUUACGUGCACUCUGGACAAGCCAAUUCCACUUCGUUCCUUAAGGUGGCUUCCCCGUAUUGCCGGACGAAGGAUGAUCUGAGAGAUUUAGGUGAAGAUAUGAAAAGUCCUGAACCCUCCAGCCACUCCCAGCUUCAGUAUUCUGUGACUGAAACGCACACAGCACUGGCUCAGUCCUUGUACUACGGACAGUACAGCCGCGGGGUUUCUGCCGACCAGAAGGUUCUGAUGAUGUCCAGCAGCCACAGACCACUCAACGAGUCCAGCUGUGAGAAUCACGGACAGUUUCACAAACAGAGCAGAGGUCAAGUGAGGCGUGGAUCCGAUCAGAAAGAACGAACAAAAGACGACCAAAAGCAAUUCAUGAGCUCUCCUCCGUCCAUUCAUAAGGGGACAAGCUCGACUGCUAAAAUGAGCUGUGGAAAACCUGGAUUUAUCUACGUGGAGCUGGACAAGCAGCCGUCGUUUCCACAGGGACAGGGAAAGCCGGCUCAUGUCGCUAUGACAAAAGAACAAGGACUUAACAAGGAGUCUGAAGACCUCAGUAUGGAGAGUUCAAACUCAAAAUCAAAUGUGGACACAAAUGUAACAUUUCUAAAUGCGUCAGAAUCUCAGUCCUGGAGCCACUCUUAUCAGUCCAAAUAUGUGAAGCAGCAAAAUCAGGAGGUCAACAAGAUCUCUGAGGACACGAGUCUCAGUCCAGACAAGGGGAAAGACUGGCACGGUCCUCUGGAGCCCGAGUCCAGACUGGAUGCUGAACUUCAGAGUGUCAAAGGUGAGAUGGCUGCUGAAGUCACAGAGGACAAUACCAGAGCAGACGGGGGAGACAGCGCGUCUGAAGACCUGCAGACGGCACGAGGAGCCGCGUCACCGCCCCAACAGUCCUUCAUCCAGUUUCAGCACUCCUACCCUUAUUUACACCUGUGUGAGACGGGCAGCAAUGCUUACAGUGUCAUGUCUCCAGCUCUGGUGCACAAUUAUCCAGGUUUCCAUUAUCCUCUGUAUGGAAAAACAGCCGGGAGAGAAGAUUCAGACGGAGCUCAAAGCAGCAAACCAGUGACAGAUUCUCCAGCAUUGGAACUUUUGUCACAUCCCCUCCUGCCGUAUCAUGGCAAAUCUCCUGUUCCCGGAGAGAGAGGAUCUCCAGACCAGGAACGGGACACGGAACGGGAAAGAGAAACGGUUCCAUUCGGUCGUCACCUCCAGACGCAUCAUCUCACUCACCUGGGCAUGAGUUACACGCUGGUGUCUGGACAGUAUGACCCGUUUCAAGGUGAAAAGGUCAAAAACAACUGAACUGCGGUCAACGUGAAAACAAAACGGACCCGUUGACUUACUGAAGACACGUUUCAGGCCUGAUCAUCUGUGUUUGUGAUUCUGUUCUAAUCUGAUGUAGUAACCACUUCUGAUGACAUCGCCCAGCUCUCUUACGUUCACCCACCGGUCAUUUACAGCAGAAACAAACUGACUUACACGUUUCGGUUUCCUUUGGAAAUCGCCACAGAAGCAACGUGGGUUGAGGAUGUUGACUUGAAGUGUUAAGAGGGCAAUCGUGAUGUUCUCGCAGGAUCAAACCAGCAAGGACAACGCUGCGGACCUGCAGACCAGUGGUGAGAAGAUGACAUCAUCACUGCAAUAAAGUCAACUGAAGCAAAACAAGCGUUGAAACGCUGGAGAAGCAUUAUCCCUGCAGAUAAUGAUGGGAAGAAGCUGUGAGAGAUUGCCGACUCACUUUCACGGUGUUUCUCAUCGCCUCCAUAGGAGCCAACAACUACUAUCUCAUUUCUAACCAAUGAAUGUACUCAUGGAGAAAGACCUGUUUGUUAUUUCAGUAUGUGCUGAUAUGACAUGGUGACACGAGCUCCAUGUAGAAACCUUCCCAUCGUGGAUUGUGCGGCAUCUAGCUGUUUGUACGCACUCACAGUUUAUUGUUGUGUAAGCAUAAUAUUGAAUGUAUUUGCUAUUUCGUCCCCUCUAUGUGGUCACGGACGGUUUGCAAUAGAUGAUAAGAGAUGUGAAGUGGUUUGAUCUGCGUUCACAUGAAUAUUCUGUUAUGAACAGCCAUUAAUCUGUUGUAUCGUAUAAAGUGGAUGUUAAUGAACAGUUCAUCUCUCAGUGCCAUACAGUAUUGUUGUGAUGUAUAUAGAUGUACAGAGUUGAACAAACAGCCACUAUAAUUAGCUUAUGUACCUUUGUAUUGACUCGGUGCAAUGUAUGGUUGUCUGCCCAGUGCCCACCUCAGCUUCACAGCGCCAGGCGUCGUCCUUCUUUAUGUUAAUAGUGAUAAACAUGACAUGAAUAUGUUUACAAGUGGACAGAAAGAGUUGCGUCGUUAGGUUUCUUGAUGUCAGCUAUACCAGUGGUUCUCAAACUUUUCCAUUGUGUAGGGUGCACCGUUUGCAGUCCCCCAAAUAAAGACUCAUAGAAUUUGAAUUAAACCAAAUGCAUAUUCAGUUAUACAAUGCUGGAACAUUCAUUCUAUUGGUCGAUGGGCUUAUUUAUUUGAUGUUUGAUUGCAUUAAACUUCUGAUACAUUUCUACAUUUCAUAAAAUGCCCCGAAAUCUGUACCCCCCGCCCCAGACCCAUCAGUUUGAGAACCACUGAGCUAUGACAUCACACUGCAAUUGCUUUUUAUACUGUCUCUGCCUUAACAUGUUUGGCAAUCCAAAUAAAAAUUAAAGGUUGUUUUUAUGCUCGG